AUGAUCAACAAUAAGGGAAUCCAAUUCUCUAAGGUGAGGACGGCGGGGAACAGUGUGAAGGUGUUUAUCAACACACCCGCAGACUACCGGCAGCUAGUUACCCUGCUAGACUCAAUGAAGAGGCCCUUCUUCACCUACCAGCUGAAGGAGGAUAAGAUGGACCAGAUGGUGAUUCGAGGACUUACCAGGGAGAUGUCUACCGAAGACAUCAAAGAAGAUCCAGUGAGCUAA